GUCAACCGCACGAUCCAGUUACUGUAGCUGCCUGCUGCAAUGAAAAUAUCUUCGUUGGUGGGUGGAUAUAUCGGCCCAGUUCCAUCAUUUUCCCCCCAAACAGUGACUGACACCGUAGGAGACUGGGAGUGCGAGUAGGCUACGCGAGUCCUUGAGCUUUCCAGCAAGGAGAAGAUGAAAUGGAGAAAGUGGUAUCUGGAGUCUUAUCUGAUUCAAUAAGAGUAAAGAGCGUGUGGAUACCAAAGGAGAUGCUUUGAUCACAUUAAGAGAUUAUGUGGUACUGUUUCACUCUCCGCACAAGGUAAAAGCAAGCCUCCGAAGAAGACAUGUGGCGGAUAUUAUGGCAUACAGCCUGCAUACGCCUCUCAGGAGCCAACAGCUGGCCACCUCGUACCAUCCUGUAGAUGGCCCCCCUCUGCUUGAGCUCCAUGCACCUCACGCAACAUACCUUUUGACUUCAUGAAGAUCCCUGACAUCGGUGAUGUAAUGAAUAAAUUUGAAGUCCUUGGGAUUGUGGGUGAAGGUGCCUAUGGUGUUGUUUUGAAGUGUCGACACAAGGACACCAAUGAAAUUGUGGCCAUUAAGAAGUUCAAGGACAGUGAAGAAAAUGAGGAGGUUAAAGAAACAACACUGCGGGAGCUCAAGAUGCUCCGCACCCUCAAGCAGGAGAAUAUUGUGGAGUUGAAAGAGGCCUUCCGCAGAAGAGGAAAGCUCUAUCUUGUCUUUGAGUAUGUGGAGAAGAACAUGCUUGAGCUGCUUGAGGAGUUACCCAAUGGUGUGCCGACUGAGAAAGCGCGCAGCUACAUCUACCAGUUAAUCAGAGCAAUUCACUGGUGCCAUAAGCAUGACAUAGUUCACCGGGACAUAAAGCCAGAAAACCUUCUCAUCAGCGCCGAAGACGUCCUCAAGUUAUGUGACUUCGGCUUUGCACGUAAUCUCUCUGAGGGGACUGAUGCCAAUUACACCGAGUAUGUGGCCACUAGAUGGUACCGCUCUCCAGAGCUCCUGCUCGGGGCUCCUUACGGGAAGGCAGUGGACAUGUGGUCAGUGGGCUGCAUCUUAGGAGAGCUGAGUGACGGGCAGCCUCUGUUCCCGGGAGAGAGUGAGAUUGACCAGCUCUUUACCAUCCAGAAAGUGUUGGGACCCCUGCCACCGGAACAGAUGAAGCUGUUCUAUAACAACCCCCGCUUUCAUGGGCUACGGUUCCCUGCUGUGAAUCACCCCCAAACCUUGGAGCGAAGAUAUCUGGGAAUUAUCGGCGGAGCCCUGCUGGACCUGUUAAAGAAUCUGCUAUUGCUGAACCCGACGGAACGCUUUCUCACAGAGCAGAGCUUAAACCACCACGCCUUCCAGACCCUGCGGCUGGUGGAGCGGCCCGGCCCACCCACACCUACACCUGUACGCUCCUCCAAGAGAAAACCUCACCAUGGAGACAACACCACCCCCAGCAGGAGCCAUGGGGGAAAGAGCUCAGGAAGCCACCGCUCCAGCAGCAGAGAGUGCUCAAGCUUGCCCCGGCACGAAGACCUCCAUCCCAGCAACGAUGGCUUUCUCAAUGGCAACCUGCCUGCAGCAAUCAACCUCAGUCCCACUCUGCAUCCCAAGAACUACCAGCCGCAGAUCUACAACCAUUCCACCUCGUGCAACAUGGACCUGGCCAGCAGCAACCUGCCUCAUCUGCUCAGCCCUGGGGAAGCCAAGAGCAAGGGCGACUUUGAGAUGAAUCUGGGGUCCAAGGUGUCCGACGGCCCCGGAGCCAAGUACCUCAAAUCCAACUUUCGCUUACAGCAGAACCGCCAUUCUUUUGUGGAGGGGAAGACCAACACGCUUCAAUCGGGGGAGAAACACAGUCGGCACAGCUACAUGGAGUCCCACAGCUCCACGCCCUCCACCUCCAAGUUCGCCUACCUGAACUUGUCCAAGAGCUAUGGCACACUUAGCGAUGCCAAGUCAGUGGGGAACUUAAAUGAUGUGCAUCUUUAUGCUGAUGAGCCCACAUCUCGCUAUUUUCCCUCAAGCUGCCUCGACCUUACAGCCCCGAGCAGCCCAGCACCCCGCCGGGUGGACAGACUAGGACCUGGCACAGCUGGCAGAGGAAGCAUGCGCUCUGAAAGAGAGAGCAACACCCUGGACUCGUCCUACAGGCGCUCCUCCACCCGCCACAAGUCCUCAGAGGAGGCCAAGUCGCCAGAUGCCCUGGAUCCUGGGGAAAGUGGCGUCGAAAGGAGCCACGCUCACUCUCUGUCAGCCCCACACGACCCUCUGUCUUAUGGUCAGGGAUACACCAGCCCCUUCUCCUCCCAGCAGCGGCCGCACCGCCACUCUAUGUAUGUACGGAGGGACCACCAGAGGACACACGGGGCAGAGGAGGGGCUGGCGGUGGGACAGGGCGUGCCCACAAGAGCCAGCAGCCUCCAACUAUUGUCUCCGCAGCUGCAGCACCGCACGCUGCCUCGCCACUCUGGGGGCUCCUCCAGAGAAGAAGACAUGAGUAGGAGCGAACAGGCACCCACUGAGGUCACCCACAGCAGACCCCCAAUAAGGGACUCCACAAGGGACAACACCGCAUCUUUUCACACACAGCGGCAAAAAAGCGAGGUUGGCUUAUAUCAUGACCAGCAAACAGAAGAUGGGGGCUCUUCCAAAGAGAACCGUAACAUCUACAGCGAAUCCAUGCCUAGGAGGGUUGGCAGCUUCUACAGAGUCCCUUCUCCCCGGCCAGACAACUCCUUCCAUGAUAGCAGGGGUCAAAGCCGGGGCUCUGGCCUGUCCGGGGAUGGCACAGGUUUGACGAACCACUCCAAACGUCAGCCGGCAUUCGACCCCUGGACUGGCCCAGAUACUGUAGUGUUGAAUCCCUCUGAGCCAUCCAAAGAAAAGGAGAAGCAGGGUUUCUUCAGAGCAAUAAAGAAGAAAAAGAAAAAAGCCCAAAUGAUGCAAGUCCCUGAUGGAAGGCCUCCUGUCAUCAAGAAAUGUCUUUUCCCUCUGUUUAGCCCAAAGAGUAACAUAAAGCAUAGUUCCUCAGUGAGAGUCCUCCCUGUAGUGUCUUCUCCCAUGGUUCCUAGUGAAGGGGUGGAGACAGUCGUCCAGAAGUCCUCCAGGUCCUCUGGUCAUCAGAGCAGCCGCCACAGGACCCGUGACAAAAGCAGAGACCGGGACCAAGAGCGAGACCGAGACAGGGACAAGGACUGGCCACCUGAGAAACUGUCCGAUUCACACUCUCCGAGUCAGCCCUUGAAGUCUCUGCGCAAACUUCUGCACCUUUCGUCCUCGUCCUCCAACCAGACCGCACCGUCUGAUAUGCGCUACCAGCCGCUGCCUAAUCCAGCCUCUUCUCAAGGUGGUUUCACAGAAGGCCGGGGUCACUCAGGGGUUAGCACGCCCCAGCUGAAGAGCCGACAGACAGCCUACCCGCUACCCGGACAGCUGGAGUCUGGCUGGCACACGUCCGCCCUGGGCCGCCCUGAGGGCAACCCCUACCCGGAGCAAAUGAGCAUCAAGGGAGGCCAGAAUGGGCACGGCUUCGGACGCCCCUCCAGGUCUCGUAUGCCAAACCUCAAUGACCUGAAAGAGACGGCUCUGUGAUCUUCAUCACCCUACAGCUCUCAGAUCCACUUCAGACUCCUCCGUUUCCCCUCUGUUUCUCCUACACGUCCCUUGCGUAACAGUACACCUCCUGAAUACACACACACAUAAAAAACACAGAUACCAGACCUUCAGUUUUAAACACUGCUUGCGAAUAGGCCAAAAGCCUUUUUAUGUCUUCAUUUUUUUUAAAGCUUCCAUGUUUGAUAUACUUUAUAUUAUUACUUCUGUAAUUCUGAUUAUAAUUUGUAUUAUAAAGUAAAUAUAUUACAAAUUAAAUAUAUAUAAAUGGAUAGAUAAAGCGUAGAUUUUAAGUGUAAGUAUUUUUGUUUCUAUUCGAUAUAGAAAUAUAGUACAUUUUACUGCGUAGUAUUUCCUUAAGAUCAUCUAAGGCAUUCUAAACAAAUAAAGUUUUAUCAGUUGUUACAAUAGAAAAGAGUAAUGUCAGUAACUUUGCAUUGUGUUCAUCUCACCAAGGAUUGUAACUCCAAGCUGUCUUGCCUUUGGAUGUGCUCUGUCAUACUGGACACAGACGCUCAAACGUGCAACUGUCAAGUCAAGUCAAAACUGUCUUGUUCUUGAAAAUAUAGCUGUUGUGCAGUUUUUCUGAGUUGGCACUGACAAUCUAUAAAGCUUAAAUCUAUGUGUUCUUUUUCAGGGUAUUUAGGUUUUUAUGUCUUUUUGUAAUGCAGCCAUUUUAGACACUAUGGUGCCAUAAACUAACAGAAAUCGAACCUACAUCGCCCUCUGUAGGAGAUAAUAAAGCACUGCAGCUACUGUCUUAUGACAUUACAUGCACUAACAUUUAGGCACUGACUUUUCAUGCCCAAUAUGUGUAGAUCACCAUUUAGAUAUAUAUUAUAAAAAAGACGUUAUACAAUUAAAACUAUUGUUACACCUCACUCAUCUCAAAUAGAACACACACAGUAACUGUUCCUUAUACAGACUAUACCAACAACCCUUUUGGUAGUAAUGUAAUCAAAACUAAUUUACUUAAAUGUUUAUUAAUAUAAAAGUGUCAUGAAGCACCCUUAUGGAUGAUUUAUACAGUAGUAAAACCUUGAAACUUGUCCUGCUUCAAGCAAACUUCAAAAAGGACAUGGAAAAGGACAUAUGGAGAUCCUGAAGGAUGUGAUUCUCUAUGAUAACUUCCCUCCAGGAUUCAAGGAAGUCUGUUUUUCUCACUUAAAGAUUUCACAUAAGCAUCUUCCAAGUGGUUCUACUUGUUUAAUCAGUUAAAGAAAUGUACAAAUACAUCCCAAAUAUUACAUAAAAUUUAACUGCUGUAAAGAUUUCACUUGUAAAACCUAAAUUGCAAGGAUUUUUUCCCCCUAAUCAUUGUUAGAAAGUAAUUUUUACAGCAGCUAGAGGAACACAAAAGCCAUUCUGGGUGUACAAGUGCAGUGGUCCCCAGUAACGUCAGUUGAACUUAAUUGUACCCCUUUAUCAACACCGCCCAUCAUGUUACAAAUGUGUGUUUGAAUUGAUCAUGAACUGGAUGUUAUUUAACACAACUGAUUAUAUAAAAGUAUAUUAUUACAGUGUGUUUAAUACAGGUGAACGGUCAAUGAUUAGUUGAGUUUACAUUUGUAUUGCUCCCACUUGUAGUGGCAGAAGCUGGUUGAAAAACACCCAUUUAUUCAUCCAUUACUCUUAGCUGUUUCAUCCAUGUAUUUAUUACUACUCUUAGUUUUUAACUAUUUCAACUGUUUAUCCAUUUAUGUUAGCUUUUUCACCAUUUGUCCAUUACUUUCUCGCUAGCUAUUUCAACUGUUUGUUACAUUUAGCUAUUUUAGCUAUUUCCCCAAGACUUUUACACUAACCAUUUCAACAGUUUAUCCAUUGAUUUCAGCUAUAUUUUUAAACCAUUUAUUCAUUACUUUGAACUAUUUGGACUGUUUAUCCAUUAACCCUUAAGUACAUGUUUAGACUAUCUUCCUUGCUAACUUUUCACACACUUUCAGUCGCAACACGUGUCAAUGUGUCAACAGGUGUCAGCUGCUCUACAGUCUUUCCAUGUCAUCCCUUGAAACCCCCUGUUUUCACAUGUACCUGGUUGGGAAUCACUGUACUAGUGUAUUUUUAACUGAUUGCACAUACUGAGCCACUUGGGUCAAGCUUUUGAGACAUCUUACUAUAGAACCACAGUGGGGGCAGAGGCUCUGCACUGUAACAUCGUUUUCUGUCUGGGAUAAAGUGCCAUGUAAUAGCUUGGCAGAAAUAAAUCCUAAGCUUUUUAAUGUUGCACUUUGAAGAGACUUUGUGGCUCAGCAAUAUUUCUCUGACUCUGUAAAUUCUUCCUCACUUCAUAUUCAUCAUGUGCACAGUGUGUGAAGACUGAAACAAAGGGGCCUGAGGCUCCCACACUAACACACUCUGUCCAAACAUGACCGUAUCGUAUUGUGUAUUGUGCAUCUGUAAGGACUGUGCACACUCUGUAUUUCACACAAUACAUUUCUCUCUUUGGAUUAUUGUUUUGCUGAAGGAGCACUGUGUAUUAUAUUAAUACUGAUGUGUGACUACUUGUUUGGUAAUAUUUAUAACAGAAGAUGUUUAUCAACUGUUUAAAUGAAAUCAAGUAUUAAGUUUGUGCUUUUAUUACAGACACAAAUUAGUAGCAUAGUCAGUGUUUAUCUGCUUUUUUUUUCCACAGAGCAUUUACAUGAGAACAUAAACCCACAAAUGAAUGCUUAACAAUUUUAGAAUAUUCAUGUUUACAUAUGUAACAGUAAAUCUCAAAUAAAACAAACUCCUUUGAUUUGACUCUUAA